CGUCAAUGGGUCAGCGCGUGGCGGGUCGGAAAAUUUGCGGUUCCGACAGUCUUGCUCCUGAGCGUCGACACGGGCUAAAUUUUGGAGCAUUGAAACCCUCGACUCCAGCACCGCAACUGUCCAUUGCGCAGUCACAUCCUCACAAAAUGCUAGCUAGAAACGCUGCGCUGCGGCAUGGCUGCCGCACGCUGGCCCCGAUCACACGAUCCGUCGCUCGCAUGUCGACCACCGAAACAUCAACCACCACGACCGAAUCCUCCUCCUCCUCCUCUCCAUCCUCAUGGCCGACGCCUGCCGCACCGACAACAAAGAUUGCGUCUGUGGGCCGCAAGAAGCAAAAGUCGCAAAAGGACCUCGCCAUCGCCCUGGGCUUCGACUCGGCCAAGGAGCACACCAAUGCCUCGUGGGGCACUUCGCAUCUUCGCAAGGCCGACGGCAAGCUCAUGACACCCUCCGAGCAGUAUGCUGAGUUUUUGCGCAUCCAGGCUGCUACGCGUCGCUUGGGAUCCAAGGUCGAGAAGCGAUACAAGCCCACAGCCAUGGUGACCAACCCGCCCAAGCCAGAGGACGUCACGCUCGAGCUGCUCAUGGCUUCGCAGACUCACCUCGGCCACAACACGUCGAUCUGGAACCCUUCCAAUGCUCGCUACAUCUACGGUACCCGUCAGGGCGUGCACAUUAUCUCGCUAGAGACGACGGCGGCGCACUUGCGUCGUGCGGCCCGUGUGGUUGAAGAGGUUGCCUACCGCGGCGGUCUGAUUCUGUUUGUCGGCACGCGCUCUGGCCAGAUGGAGAUUGUGACUAAGGCUGCUGAGCUUGCCGGUGGCUGCCACGUCUUUACCAAGUGGGUUCCGGGCGGUAUUACUAACCGCGACAUCCUGCUGCGCAACGCGAGCAUCAAGGUUGUCGACAAGCUGGACCGGGAGCAGCCGGGCUUCGAACAGUACAAGGCCGAUGCGCGCCCAUUGGUUCCCGACCUGGUCGUCUGCCUGAACCCGCUGGAGAACUACACCCUUCUUUACGAAUGCGGCUUGUCCAACAUUCCCACGGUCGGUGUUAUCGACACGAACACCGACCCGUCGUGGGUUACAUACACUAUCCCCGCCAACGACGACAGUUUGCGAUCCGUUGGUCUUAUUGCCGGCGUUCUCGGCAACGCAGGCAAGGCUGGCCAGCAGCGCCGUCUUGCUCAGGCAGCGGGCCCCAAGGGCGGCGCUUCCUGGUCGACGCCUGCGGACCUCCAGCGACACAUGCGCGAUGCCAAUAUCCGCGCUGCUCUCCAGCGCAAAGAGGUCAUGGGCCGCAUGCAGUCCAACGUGGAGGGCUUCACGGAGGAAGAGCAGAGACUUCUUAACUUGCACGGCACAGAGGAGGAGCAGUCUAUUAGCGACGAGGACAUGAUUAACAUGAUGGGUGCGUCUGUGGAAGGCGGCGUCUCUCACGGCGACAAGAUUGCAGAGGUGGAGGGCCACCUGGCUAACGGAUCCAACGUUGCCAAGGAGGUUGAAGCUGCUCUGAGCGGUGUAUCUCACAACCACAAGAUUUCCGAGGUCGAGAGCCAUCUUGCUCGCGGUGCAUCUGUAGCCAAGGAGGUAGAGGCUGCUCUGAAGGGUGUUUGAAGCGAGUGAUGGCCACAGCUUCUCCUGUACAAAAACAAGAUAGCAUGUAACAUUAUUUAAUUUUUUCCCCAUUUGCUAAUGUUUACAAAAAAGAAGAGAAUGCAUUUAUUUUUAACAA